AUCCACAAUAAAAUGUCAAAUUCGUUAACAAAAAAAAAAACGACUUCCUAUACACCUACCUGGAUCGCAGUCUUAUAUAAUUUAAAUUUUGUUAUGUUUCUUCGAAAUUAAAAGUUUUAUUUUCAAAAACAAUCAUGACGAAAGUGUGUCGGUUGUGCUUGAUGAAGUUGCAGAGAGGUUCGAAAUAUUUUAAUAUCAACGCAGUCGAAUCUUUCACUGGGUUUAUGCCCUAUCGUGACCAAUUAACUACGUGCAUUCCAGAAAUGGCUCUUGAUUUGAUUCCAAACCCAGUAAUUUGUAAUAAUUGUCGUACUGCUCUCAAAUCGUCCUACGACUUUAAGUCGCGAUGUUUAUUCGUCGAAAAAAAGAUCCAAAACUAUAUCGAAAGUCAGAAUUACAAUGAAAAUCAUCAGAUCAAUUAUGAUCUGAGUCAAAUACCUUCAGACGACGUGCCCCCUCUGAAUAAACUCGCUUUACUGAUACCUAAAAACGAUGCAUCUGAACAAGAUGAAGUCUCCAUUCAUCCUGAAAAGUUUCUCAAGAUACAAAGCGACGAUCCUGCCCAAAUGUCCGAUUCAUCUAAAACCGAACCUGACAAUUCAAAUUCGAAUACUCAGGCAAAUGAAAAUGAGGAUGAUGAAGAAGAGUCAACUUCCUCACUCAUGUCUAUAAAUCCAGUUAAAAAAUACCACAAACCAAGCAGAAAUUAUAGAGGGAUAUAUCCAAGAAGUAGGAUGAGCGUCUCGAGGCUAUACACUGAAGACGAGUUUGUUUGUAAUUUUUGCACUGAACCUUUUAGAAGUUUGCAGUUGUUGAGGAAGCAUAAUAAUAUAUGUUCGAAAUCAACACAACAAGAAGCAACGAAAAACAUUCUAACUAAAAGACCGCAUUUACCAACAAAAGCAAAAAACCAUCUCAAAAAAUGGUUAUUCAAGCAUACAGAUCAUCCGUAUCCGACGGAUCAAGAAAAGCAAAUGCUAAUGAAGGAGACGAAUUUGUCUCUACUACAAGUUGAAAAUUGGUUCAUCAAUGCGCGUAGAAGAAUUUUGCAAGACUUGACGAAGUUAAAAAGUCGAGGAUUUCAAACUGAAGACAUAAACGACUCUCCUUUAGGUUUGGAAAUGGACUUCGAAGAACUGGUUCCCCCAAAUUCAGUAAGAAAAGCAUCAAUGCUCCACGCAGAUCCACUAGACAGUCCCGUAGUUACCCGAAAUACUUACGGGAAAGCAAAAAGAAUCAAACCAGACCCGUCGGAAAGCGUCGCUGAACCGACGGAGGAAGUUAUGUUACCGGGUCCUCCGGAAGACAUGUUGAAAGAAGAGGAAGAGGAUAUCGAAGAGGAAUUGGUGGAUUUGGCGAAAGUUAAAUGCGAAACGGUGGAUAAUCGGUAACUUAAAGAAUUAGGAAUGCAUUAAGGAGUACAUGACUGAUUUUUUUUAUUUUGAAAGGUUUAAAAUUAUGCAGUGUAUUGUUGAUUGCUAAUCAAGAAUGUAAUAGAUUCAACCUUUGACUUUACAAAACCAAAAAAUAUUUUAGUGUAGAUUCAACCUUUGACUUUAUAAAACCAAAAUCUUUCUUUAAGUGUAGAUUCAACCUUUGACUUUAUAAAACCAAAAUCUUUUACUGUAGAUUCAACCUUUGACUUUACAAAACCAAAAUCUUUUACUGUACAUUCAACCUUUGACUUUACAAAACCAAAAUCUUUCUUUAAGUGUAGAUUCAACCUUUGACUUUUCAAAACCAAAAUCUUUCUUUAAGUGUAGAUUCAACCUUUGACUUUUCAAAACCAAUAUCUUUUACUGUAGAUUCAACCUUUGACUUUACAAAAUGGAAAGAAUUUAAUUUGAUCAAAAGUUUAUUUCAUCGUUUUCUAUGUAAUACUAUAUUUUUUUUUUAUUUAGUUCUUCAUUUUACUAUCCUACUAAUAUAUAAGUGCGAAAGUUUGGAUGGAUUGAGGGGGGUGGGAGGGAUGGAAGAUUGUUGCUAAAGAGGGAGGGAGAGAUGAUUGUUGCUCAAGAGGGAGGGAAGGAGAAAAGGAGGAAUGGAUGGAUAAUUGUUGCUCAAAAGAAAGGGAAGGUGGGAGGGAUGGUUGGAUGAUUGUUGCUUAAGUGGGAGGGAUGAUUGUUGCUUAAGAGGGAGGGAUGAUUGUUGCUAAAGAGGGAGGGAGGAAUGGAUGGAUGAUUUGUUGCUCAAGAGAGAAGAAUGGAUGGAUGAUUGUUGCUUAAGACAGAGGGAAAGAGGGAUGAUUGUUGCUUAAGAGGAAGGGAUGAUUGUUGCUUAAGAGGGAGGGAUGAUUGUUGCUAAAGAGGGAGAAAUGGAUGGAUGAUUGUUGCUCAAGAGGGUGGUGGGAAAUGGAUGGAUGAUUGUUGCUUAAGAUGGAGGAAUUGAUGGUUGUUGCUCAAGAGGGAGGCAUGUAUGGAUGAUUGUUGCUUAAGAGGAAGGGGCGAAUAAUUGUUGCUCAAGAGGGAGGAAGGAAUGGGUGGAUGGGGGUGGGAGGGAGGAGUGAGUAGAUGGAGGGAGGGAUGGAUGGAUGGAUGGAUGGAUGGAUGGAUGGAUGGAUGGAUGGAUGGAUGGAUGGAUGGAUGGAUGGAUGGAUGGAUGGAUGGAUGGAUGGAUGGAUGGAUGGAUGGAUGGAUGGAUGGAUGGAUGGAUGGAUAGAUGGAUGAUCAUGCCAGAAUGACUUAACAGAUCUGGAUCAAAUUUGGCACGGGUUUUAGGUUUUUUGAAUUUUCAUAUUUUAAUAAAGGAAAGGGCGGAAAGGAAGGAAGGGGGAAAAUUGGAAGGGGGAGAGUGAAAGUUUGUAUAUGAGUAUCGAUUUUUUAAAAUUACUUUUUAAUUAAUUUUUAUUAGUUUUUAUUAAUUUGAAUUAAUUUUUUUUUAGUUUUUAUUAAUUUUUAAUAAUUUUUUUAUUAUUUUUGAAUAAUUUUUAGUAUAUUUUUUUUAUUUAUUUUUAUUAUUAUAUAUUUUACGAUACUUUCUAUUCCCCCCUCUUUCCUAAAAAGAGAUGAGACUUAACUUUACGAAGUGUGAUAUCUCGAUAAUCCUCAAAUAUUUUAGUCACUUGUGAGACAUCAAAAGACUAGAAAUUUUUCGAUCUUUCCAAAAAAUGAAAAAUCCAAUAUGGCUCCCAUAAGAAAAAUGAAAGUUGAGCCGAAUUGCGUGAUAACAAAAGACGAUCGAGACAUGUUAUACACGCUAUCUUAUUCGUCUUAAAAAAGCGUCCGUAUAAUGUCACAUUUUGACAGCUGUCAAAUUAUUCGUUUUGGAUUUACAGGCGAAAAACGAAAUCUGCCGUUAAGAUUAGUAAUAUAAUCCCUCUUUUCUUAAAAAAGAUGAGACCUAACUUUACGAAGUGUGAUAUCUCGAAGACACUCAAAUCUUUUAGGCACUUGUGAGACAUCAAAAGACUAGAAAUUUUUCGAUCUUUCCAAAAAAUGAAAAAUCCAAUAUGGCUCCCAUAAGAAAAAUGAAAGUUGAGCCGAAUUGCGGGAUAACAAAAGACGAUUGAAACACGUCGUACACGCUAUCUUAUUCGUCUUAAAAAAGCGUCCGAAUAAUGUCACAUUUUGACAGCUGUCAAAUUAUUCGUUUCGAAUUUACAGGCAAAAAAUGAAAUCCGCCGUUAAGAUAUGUCGAAGAAUAACCUCUUCACUUUCCUGGAAUCAAAUUUCUUUCAAUUUCGCGCUAGUAGACCUAGAUAUGAUUUUUGCUGCUUCAUUUUCCCAGUUUCUCCCUCGGCGUCUUGUAGUCCAUCAGUUAAUGCUCUUGUAUGCCGAUUUGUUCUUGGAAAUCUUUGGACUCGAAUUCCUGUAGACUCUCAUUAUAUUUCUGACUACGAGCCUUUAAAAUACCAGUUUUAAAUGCUGCUGGCUAUACCUUGUCUCCAAAGCUUCUACGAGAGGCGAAUAACUGUGUUUCUCUUGGGGAAGUAACUAUAAAACGGUUGCUGUCUGUCCUCACAAAGACACCAUCAAUGAAGCCACCAUCUUUUUCUCUGCCCAGCCAUUGGCUUUAGCUGCAGCUUCAAAUUAGAGUCGUUUCGUUUCCCAUGUUGUCUGACCAUUAAACUGGGUAUUGAAGGUUGCUAGGUUCAGUUAUAGUUGAAGGUGAGGUAGUAUUUUCAGCUUCAAUGUUGCUAACCGAAGCUAGGCUACGAAUUCUUCAUUCUAACUCAACUAUUUUGGUUCUUAUUUACUGUUCCAACUCUACUCCAGCCUACACCAUCAAUGAAGCCACCAUAUCUUUCUCUGUCCAGCCAUUGGCUCUAGCUGCAGCUUCAAAUUAGAGUCGUUUCGUUUCCCAUGUUGUCUGACUAUUAAACUGGGUUUUGAAGGUUGCUAGGUUCAAUUAUAGUUGAAGAUGAGGUAGUAUUUUCAGCUUCAAUGUUGCUAAUCGAAGCUAGACUACGAAUUCUUCGUUCUAACUCAUUUAUUUCAGUUCUAAUUUGUCUUUCUAACUCUACUUCAGCUUUUUCCAGUUGUUGCUCUAUAUUAGAUUUUAAAAUAUCUUGUUGCUGUUCUAAAUUAGUUUUUAAAUAUUUCUUGUUGUUGUACUACAAGAUCUAAUUGAAUGUUAAGCUGUCCAAUCUCUUGGUUGAAAGUUUCUUGGAUUUGUAACAAAUCUUUCAUAAUUUCCUUCUCUUAUUCUCGCCAUUUUUUUCAAUCUUCUCCUUCCUUUCUGCACCUUUCUUUUCUCUUCUUCCAUCUUCAAAAAUCAUGCUGUGGAACCUAAAGUAUCCAUGCUUGUUGUGUUUGAUUAUGGAGUGCAAUAAAUGAAAUAUUUAGCGUCAAAUAUACGCUGCAUAAUUUUUUGUGUACUUUAAUUAUUAAACUUGACGAAUACAAAUUUUAUUUAAAAAAAAUUUCGGUGAGGUUGGGUGUAGAUAUAUUUUUUUAAAUCUCUUAAAUGUUUUUUGUUAAGAAAAUUAAAUUAAACUAAUAUUAAGUUGCGACCUUCAACGAGUUCUCUUAUAAAGAAUGUUUAUAAUUAUAAAUAUACAAGAAUCAAAUGACAAAAAUUGAUGUGACACGUUUUUAUAAUGUACAAUAUUUAGGAAAUUAAGAAAUGAAAUUAAAAAUUUUCUUUCGUUGGUCCAAUUUGCCCCAUUGGAAAAAUUUAUUCUUGAUAAAACCUUCUGCAUGGUUCGAAACUUAAAAUGCAACUAACAGAUAUUAAUUUUUUUAAACAGUAUACGAGGUUUGUCAAAAAGUAUGAUUUUUGUUGUAAGUAAAGUAUCUUUAUUUUUGACGAUACCUCGUAUACGACUGGUAAAAUUUGAUAUCCGAUGGUUGUAUUUUAGGUUUUAGACCAUGCUCGAGAUUUUAUGAAGAAUAACUUUUUUCUCUAAUAUUAAUAAUAAAAAAGUUAUUCUUCAUAAAAAGUCGAACAUAUUUAGGAAAUUAAAUUUUCUUACGUUUGUCAGAUUUUCCCCAUUUCAAACUUUUUUAUUAUCGAUUUUGUGAAAAAAUUUAUUCUUGAUAAAACGUUCUACGUGGUUUGAAACUUAAAAUACAACUAAUAGAUAUUAUCUUUUUUAAACAGUAUACGAGGUUUAUCAAAAAGUAUGAUUUUCGUGUUAAAUAAAGUAUCUUUAUUUUUGACGAUACCUCGUAUAUGACUGGUAAAAUUUGAUAUACGAUGGUUGUAUUUUAGGUUUUAGAUCAUGCUCGAGAUUUUAUGAAGAAUAACUAUUUUCUCUAAUAUUAAUAAUAAAAAAGUUAUUCUUCAUAAAAAGUCGAACAUAAUUAGGAAAUUAAAUUUUCUUACGUUGGUCAAAUUUGCCCCAUUUCAAACUUUUUUAUUAUUGAUUUUGUGAAAAAAUUUAUUCUAGAUAAAACGUUCUGCGUGGUUUGAAACUUAAAAUGCAACUAACAGAUGUUAAUUUUUUUAAACAGUAUAUACGAGGUUUGUCAAAAAGUAUGAUUUUUAGGUUUUAGACCAUGCUCGAGAUUUUAUAAUAAAAAUUUAGCGCAGCUUCUUCCAAUAUCAAUAUAGAAAGUUGUUUUUUGAAAAUUUUUAUUUACUACGACGACAUAAAGAACAAACUGUAUCUAUUUUGAAAAAUAUAAUUAAUAGUUUGUUCUUCUAAAGAAAAACUUUUGUUUUUUCAUCUCUGUAUUUAUUCUAGUUACUGUUCCUGCUUACUCAUUUACGGCGACAUUUUUUAUAUUUUUAUUUUGAUAUAGUAUUUUUUUAUUUUUAAAGUUUUAUUACGUUUGUAUAUCAAACUAUCUGUUACGUAUUUAUUAGAAUAAUGACUGUACAUAAAUAAAAUAAAAAUAAUUUUAAGACUGAUAUUUUUUGUUUCCUUAAACCUAUCGAUUUCGGAAAUCCAUCAAAAAUAAUAGAAGAUCUUUGUUGGGUUCACAACUGGUUAUCGAACUUGAUCUUUCUGUCUAAUUUUUAACAAAUUCUCUUUCUGUG